AUGGCGAAAACCUCACAGCAAAACCAAAAGAACACUGCAAGCUCUAACAACAGCAACACCAACAACACCAAUAGUACUGCUACAACAAAAGUCAAGCGGACGCGUAAAAGCGUCCGCCGUGACUCUCCGCCUCAGCGGAGCUCCAUCUACCGCGGAGUCACAAGGCACCGAUGGACGGGCCGAUAUGAAGCUCAUUUGUGGGAUAAGAAUUGCUGGAAUGAGUCACAAAACAAGAAAGGAAGACAAGUUUAUCUAGGAGCAUAUGAUGAUGAAGAAGCUGCUGCACGUGCUUAUGACUUGGCAGCGUUAAAGUACUGGGGACAAGAUACAAUCCUCAAUUUCCCAUUGGACACUUACCCAGAAGAGCUCAAGGAAAUGGAGAGCCAGUCGAAAGAAGAAUACAUUGGAUCGUUGAGGAGGAAAAGUAGUGGAUUUUCUCGUGGAGUUUCAAAAUACAGAGGUGUGGCAAGACACCACCAUAAUGGAAGAUGGGAGGCUCGAAUUGGCCGGGUUUUCGGUAACAAAUAUCUCUACCUUGGAACAUAUGCUACCCAAGAAGAAGCAGCAACAGCAUAUGACAUGGCAGCAAUAGAGUACCGUGGACUUAAUGCUGUCACAAACUUCGACCUUAGCCGUUACAUCAAGUCACUAUGCCCAAAUAAUCAAAAUGUUCCUAACAACCCUCAACCAAACCUUAAUGGUGAACUCGGUCCAACGCAAAACCCUAAUUCGAAAUUAGGGUUAGGGUUCAUUCCUAAUUACCACUCGAGUUCUAGUAGCGCUAGCGAGUCAGCGGUAGCUUUGACACGGCCAGGAAAUGGUGCCUCAGCGUCAUCGGCAUUAGGGCUUCUUCUACAAUCCCCUAAGUUCAAGGAAAUGCUUGAGAGAACCUCAACGUCAUCGACAGACUGCUCGUCGACACUUUCAGAGCCAGACAUACCACGCCGGAGUUUUCCCGAUGACAUUCAAACGUAUUUUGAUUGCCAAGACUUGAAUAGCUACGCCGAAGGAGAUGACAUCAUUUUUGGUGACUUACACUCGUUUGCUUCACCUGUUUUUCAUUGUGAACUUGAUGCCUGA